AAGAUGCCAAAAAACCUAAUCUCAACUGAAAAUCAAGAACAUGGUAAAAACUGAUAAAAUAUCGAAGCAAGAUGUUUCCUGACUGAGAGAAUGUAAUUCUCAUUAGUAUACACAAAAAUGAAAAGAAUGACUACUUCCUACUCCAUGAAAUUUUUGUUGGAAUACAAGCACAAAUAACGAAGCAAUCAAGCAAAUAACCAGAGCAGCGUGGCCAUGCUAGUACAGCUGCAGCAUGUCUGUGAAAUUUUAAUCUCCUUCUCCAUGACUGCCCCUCCGCCACAUUAUUACAUAGCAGAGCAGCGUGGCCAUGGAAAUUGAACAAGCUAUUAUUGAAGUGGAAAUGGAAGAUGAACCCAUUCCAGCCUCGAUUCCCCAGGAGCCACCGAAGAUUCGGCGUCUGGAGGAAUCUGUGGUUAACAGAAUCGCGGCUGGGGAAGUCAUCCAACGGCCAGUGUCUGCCGUCAAAGAGCUCAUUGAGAACAGCCUGGAUGCUGAUUCCACCUCUAUUUCCGUUGUUGUUAAGGAUGGUGGUCUUAAACUUAUCCAAGUUUCCGACGAUGGCCAUGGAAUCCGUUACGAAGAUUUGCCAAUUUUAUGCGAGAGGCAUACAACAUCCAAGCUGAGUAAAUUUGAAGAUUUGCAGUCCAUUAGAUCGAUGGGAUUUAGAGGAGAAGCCUUGGCUAGCAUGACAUAUGUGGGUCAUGUCACUGUCACCACCAUUACUAUGGGCCAGUUGCAUGGAUACAGGGCAACAUAUAGAGAUGGUUUGAUGGUGGAUGAGCCAAAAGCUUGUGCUGCUGUCAAGGGUACCCAGAUAAUGAUUGAGAAUUUAUUUUAUAACAUGGCUGCGCGAAGGAAAACCCUUCAGAAUUCUGCCGAUGACUAUCCAAAAAUUGUUGACCUUAUUAGUAGGUUUGCAAUUCAUCACACACAUGUGAGCUUCUCUUGUAGAAAGCAUGGAGCUGGUAGAGCAGAUGUUCACACUCUCACUACUACUUCAAGGCUUGAUGCAAUUAGAUCCGUUUAUGGAGUUUCAGUUGCUCGAAAUCUGAUGAAAAUCGAAGUUUCUGAUACUGGUCCAUUAAAUUCAGUUUUUAAGCAAGGUGAAGCACUCAACACGUUUUGAGCUUCGCUUCAAGGCUUUAGCAUGCCUUUGAUAAUACUGGUUUCAUGCAGAAAAUGCAAAGUCAGAACAGAGUGGGUAUCUUUCAAAAUUAGAAAGGUUAAAGUGGUCUGGCUAAUUUUGUAUAAUAUUGACUUGAGAUAAGUUUAGAAGUAACACGGUCAAUGAGGAUUCAUAUAGCCGACUCCAACUUGUUCAAGAUUGAGACAUAAUUGUGGUAGAAAGAUUAAACAAUAGA